AUGGCGGCUGCAGAAUGGUCCCGUCGCUCGCAGAGUCUGAAGGGUGUGAUCCUGGACAUGUGCGGGGUCCUGUACGACAGUGGGGCCGGGGACGGAGUGGCGAUCCCCGGGUCUGUGGAGGCCGUGCAGAGGUUGAAGCAGUCGGAUCUGCAGCUGCGGUUCUGCACAAAUGAGACCCAGGCGUCGAGGGAGACGUUUGUGGCAAAGCUGAACAGAUUGGGCUUUGACAUCUCUGUGGAUGAAGUGUUCUCUCCUGCUCCUGCUGCUGUGGCACUGCUGAAGGAGAGAGGACUGAGACCCCACCUGCUGGUGCACCAUGGUUUGUUGCCAGAGUUUGAGAGUGUGGAGCAGAAGGAUCCAAACUGUGUGGUUCUGGGAGACGCGGCAGAGUUCUUCUCGUACCAGAACCUGAACCAGGCCUUCAGAGUCCUGAUGGGGCUGGAGGCUCCUCUGCUCUUCUCUCUGGGACAGGGGAGGUACUAUAAAGAGGGCGACGGCCUCAAUCUGGACGUGGGAGUUUACAUGAAGGCGCUCGAGUUUGCGUGUGACGUCAAAGCGGAGGUGAUCGGAAAACCUUCUUCCAUGUUCUUCCACAGCGUCCUGAGAGACAUGGGACUACAGCCACAUGAGGUGCUGAUGAUCGGAGAUGACUUGGUGAACGAUGUGGGAGGAGCUCAGAGCUGCGGCAUGAUGGGAGUCCAGGUGCGCACGGGAAAAUACAGACAGAGUGAUGAGAGCCACGCUUCAGUUAGAGCUGAUGGGACUGAGGCCGAUCUCAGGCGAGCGGUGGAUCUCCUCUUGGUCCACAGGGAUGCGCCUCGGACCUCCUCCUGA